UAAAACAAACAAAAAAAAUAUAUUAUGUUACUCAAUCGGUAUUAUCAUUAAUUAUUGCAAACCAGUGAUGUCAAGACGUGUAUUUUUCUCGCGCAUGCGUACGCACAUACCUAACUCAUGCGCAUGCGCAUAGGUACGAAGGCUCCCACGUGGGAGAAAUGUCAUAUUCUGGCUUCGCUGUUUCGUGCAUUAGUUUACGUAUGCAUAACCUUUUUUUAAUAAUAUCAAUUAAAUGAAAUUGAUGAAUAAGAUAAAAUCGAGUGGAAAGGAAUUAGCAGAAUAAAUAACACACAUUUCGUCUUAUCAAAGAAUCUAUCUUAUCAUGUUUACAAUAUCCUUAUCCAAUGUGUCAAAAUAUUCCUACCACGAUAACAGACCGUUAGGAAGUAUAAUUUGAAUGAAUAUGGACAAGAAUAGAUAGGAUUUUUGAUCGAGAAAUAAUAUUACAUGUGCAUCUUCCACAUGAUGUAUUUUCCAGCAAAUUUGAAGACAUUUUUAUUCCUACUUUUAUGGAGAUUAAUUUCUGUUUUCGUUGUACAAACUGCACACGUGCCAGACGAAUACUGGCAAUCUUUGGAAGUUGCCCAUCGUCUUGCCUUUGGAUAUGGAUUUCUCACCUGGGAAUGGACUGCGAAAAUCCGUAGCUAUGUCUACCCAUUCUUGAUAAGUUUUUUAUAUCGGAUAUUAGCUAAUUUUUCUAUAGACUCUGUUAUUACUUUAACGCUAUUACCAAGAUUAUUCCAAGCUACGAUCAGUGCUUAUGCUGAUUAUAGAUUUUAUAAGUGGACCAAGAACAAAUGGAUGUUGUAUAGUUUAUGUAUUAAUUGGUAUUGGUAUUACUGUGCUACACGGACACUUAUUAAUUCAUUAGAAACCGCUUGUACUAUCAUAGCUUUAUCCAUGUUUCCAUGGCGCAACGCUUAUAUCAAAAGUGUUAGAUAUCUAUGGAUAGUUGGUUUCCUUUGUACAAUAAGACCAACUGCUGCUAUCGUGUGGGUACCCUUAUGUAUAUAUCAUUUAUCUACUAGUUUACAAAACAAAAUAUUAUUAAUUUGUCAGUACAGCGCUAUUGGUAUUAUAUAUCUAUUAGGUUCUGCGAUAUUAGAUAGUUAUUGUUAUAAAAGUUUGACGAUAUCUUGGUGGGAAUUUUUCCGUUUAAAUGUACUACAAGCGAUAGGCGAUACGUAUGGAAGAGAACAUACAUUGUGGUAUAUAUUUUCUGCAUUACCGGUUCUUCUAGGAUUUCAUUGUGUUACAUUCUUAGGAAUACUUCCGCAAAUAAUUAAACGUCCUAAACAAUUUCAUAGAGAGGCGGUAAUGUUAGUAGUCAUUGGAUGGACGCUUGGUGUUUAUUCUUUAUUGUCUCACAAAGAGUUUCGCUUUUUAUUACCACUUUUGCCAAUGUUUAUAUACAUAAGUACAAGUUGUACCAUUCAUGUCAAAAUCAUUUCUAGAGAAUUAUUGAGAAAGAUUUUUUUAUUUAUUUUAACAAUAACCAAUCUAAUUCCUGGACUUUAUUUUUCUUUGAUCCAUCAACGUGGAACGUUAGACAUUAUGAAUAUCUUACAAAACGAUUUGACUAAUGAAAAUUGUACAUCUGUAAAUAUAUUAUUUCUUACACCGUGUCACGCCACACCUUUAUACAGCCAUUUGCACAUCAAUGUGCCCACUAGAUUUUUGACUUGCGAACCUAAUUUUACUAAUUCCAAUGACUACGUAGAUGAAGCGGAUCAAUUUUUUCAAAAUCCAAUGCUUUGGAUUAGAAAUAAUGAUUUACAGAAGCAUGGAGUAAUACCAAGUCAUUUAAUAAUGUUUGAUAAUAUUCCAUCAAAGAUACAAGAUUUUCUUUUAAAUUAUAAGUUAUUAAGCAAAGUUUUUCACACUCAUUUUCCACAAUCGAAUUAUGGAAAAUAUAUAAUGUUAUACAAACGUAAACGAUUAUUUACUUGAAAUGUAAAGUAAACG